GCGUGCCUCGGCGGGGAGGCCGGCGCAGCAGCAGGGAGCGCCUGCCAAGGCGGCGAGGGCGCCGGCCCCUUCCCGCGCGCCUCGGGGCUCUCCCACCUCGGUCAGCUACAAAUACCACCUUGUCGCUCGAAAUGGUCAACACAGCUCAAAUGUCGCUCGAAAUGGUCCACAUAGCCAGAGAAGACGCUGCUUUGUCCGGAAGUCUCGAUGAAGAAGCACCUCAGCAGUCUGCAGCAAACGGGCGAGAAAGGGCAGCUAAUGGAGCUCUCCAGAGUCCCCCUGGCCGUCGCAGGAGGCCCGGACGCUGCUGUGGUCUCUCCUCGUUAGGUCGUGGUAAAAAGAUAAUGGUCAUUAUAGUACUACUCUCGGUGCCGUUAGUAGCUUCAGGGAUCGUCAAUGUUUGGCAGGCUGUACGAAAGUCACCACAGACUCUGGUUGCCCCAAGCAGCCUUUGCCCCCAAGGCUGGCACCGCAACGGAAGUUGGGACUACCUUUUCUCUGAUCGUGAAUCAAACUGGCCCGACAGCCAAAAUAACUGCUCUUCCCUCGGUGGCUCCCUGGUGAAGCUGGAGACAGAAAUGGAAAAGGUUGAGAGCCUUGCGGCCUUUCCAGAUCAGGAUUUUAUUAUGAACAAUAUGAAGAAAGAUCUGUACUGGCUUGGCAUUCGGCGAAAAGAUGAAGAACCCUGGCAUUUUCCCAAUGCCUCUAUCUUCCACAACCUGUCUCUCAAUGAAAAGGAGGGCAACUGUGCCUUUCUCAACGAGGACCGGGUUGACGCCUCGGUGUGUUCGUUCAGCCGAUUGUGGAUUUGCCGCAAACCUGUCAACGCCCAUUGAGAAACCCUCUGACCUGUCUUGUGGAAGUGGAAUCUGUCAAACUUGGGCAGAAGACUUUCCUCUUUCCCGCCUCUAUUACUCCAGCUUUUGCAAUAUUUUGCACUCUUGCAGAAUUAGGGGUGACCUGUCCUCUCUCAUGGGGUCACGAAGGGCCGGACACAACUUUGCAACUAGCAGCAGACUUAUCUUAUAAAUGUGUGCAGAGAGGUGAGCUGGCCAGUGGCCGUGAAGGAUGGUGAAAAGAAAGCUAAUGCCUCAUUUUAAAAAUUGGCAAGAAAAUCGGAGAUGGCAGAUGGUUGUGGAUGCAAUUUGAAGGAGAAGGAGAAAGCUGCCAGGGAAGAAUUUGAUAAGGAGGUAUUUAUUUAUUAAUUAAAGGAUUUUGUAUGCUGUCCUAUUAUAUAAGAUCUCAGGACGGCUUACGAUUUUUAAAAGGACAAUUCAAACAAUUUCUAUAAUAAAACAGAACAAAACCAUAAACCAAACAGAGCAACUAGACUAAAAAACUAUUAGAGUUUAAAAUACUGUUUAAAUAAAAAGGUUUUGGUUUGGCGCCAAAACCAGUAUAAACUUGUCUUGUUUUAUGGAUUGUAAAAAACCUGAAUUUUUCAACUCUCCUUGGAUUGCUGUCCUUUGGCAAACAAUUAGCUGCAGCAAGUCCGGACCCAUGUUAAGGCCGGGGUCUCUGGCUUCUAAAGCGUGCCUCCGUUAUCUCCUGUCCCACCGAAGCGCUUUCACAGUGGGGGACGCCCUCUUGGCCCCGUAAGAUGAGCCAAAGGAUGACGCCCGCCCUGUGCUCACUCCCCUGGACCAAGCCUGCCAGUGCCCCCACGCUGGGUGCAGGGUGCCGCUGCUGAGCUGCCACUGCUGGGGGGGGGGGGGGCCUCCCCGGGCGGGGGCCCCCACAAAAGCGGGGCCCCCCCCCCCCCAGGGAACUUGACCUGCCGGGGAGGGAGGCUUCUCAUUGUUCCCUGGCCCCCGUGCAAACCAUCCACUACCUCAUGCCUCCCUGCACACAAAACUCUCCAGUACAUUUUGCUGUAUAUAGUGCUGCUGUAAAUAUGCCUUCCAGUUAAGUUGACCCCUUUUCCUUGUGCUCUUGUUUGGAUGGUUUGAAGAGGCGCCACUGACACUGUCCGUUCCGUCUGAUGGGAGCCUUCCUUGCAGGGCAUGUGAAUGACUUUCUGCUCAAUGCUUUCGGGAUGCUGGCUGGCCUGUAUUUUGUGGCAAUCAUAAAAUGUUUGCCUGGGUUGUUGUAAGUUAGAAUGGGUGCUAUCAGAGAACAUUUCUGUUUGUAUCAAUAAUGUAAAUAAAGACUAUAAUAAAUAAACGUAAAAAAGUCUAUAAUAAA